ACAAGGUGUUGGGUAUUACAGAAGGAGUGGAGGACGUUGGAUCAGUCCAAGGACAUUUAGCCUUAGCACUGCUUGUGGGAUGGUGCUGUAUAUUCAUCUGCAUAUUUAAGGGAAUCGAAUCGUCUAGAAUAGCUGUAUACAUCACGGCCACUAUCCCGUUUAUCCUGCUGAUCAUCCUAUGCGCCUGGUCGUCCUCAUUCCCGGGCGCCACAGACGGAAUGCUGAUCUAUAUCACUCCGAGGUGGGACAAAAUGAAAAAUUACCAGGUAUGGGUGGAAGCAUUCAUCCAAGUCUUCAACUCACUCGGCCCAGCGUGGGGAGGUCUCAUCACACUGUCUAGCUUCAACCCCUUCCGCCAUAACUGUGUGAGGGACGCUGUCUUGGUGACUCUAGCCGACACGGUGACCGCGAUAUUCUGUGGUUUUGUCAUAUUUAGUGGAUUGGGUUACAUGGCCCACGAGACUGGAACUCCCGUCUUAGAUGUUGUGAGGACAGGUGCGAACCAUGGAACCAUAUUACGGUAUAGUUUGUAUUACGAAAUAUCAGCAGUACUAUUUGCAAGUGUACUAAUUCGCCUUUGUUCUCUCUGUACGCAGGUCCUGGCUUGUCCUUCGUGACGUACCCUCAAGUUGUGUCUAGCAUGCCGAUCCCUCACCUCUGGGCCGCUCUAUUCUUCAUCUUGGUCUUCUUCUUGGGAAUUGACAGUGCUUUUGGGAUGAUCAAGACGUUCACUAGCGGGCUGUUUGACAUGUACCCAACCACGCUUGGACGGUACAAGGUACUAGUCACACUGGGCAUAUGUAUGGCAAGCUACCUGUCCGGACUGAUUUUUGUCACAAAGGGAGGAAUGUACUGGUUCCAACUCUUUGACUGGUACCUUUGUUUCUUCGCGUUGAUGCUGGUCGCUCUGCUAGAGUGUUUGGUAGUUUCCUAUAUAUACGGAAUCGAAAGGUUUCUAAGAAACGUUAGAGAAAUGUUGAAGCCAGUGAAUAACACAUUUCUGACGGUGAUGAAAUACUGCAUUAUGGUGGAAGUUCCGAUUGUAAUGGCAGGUGCGCUGAUCUUUACAGUUGCCACAUUUCGUUCACCGAAGUAUGGCAAGUAUGUCUAUCCUGAGUGGACGAAUGUGUUCGGUUGGUUGCUCGGUAUGAGCAUGACGUUGCCUAUCCCCAUAAUCAUUGUGUACAAUAUUCUCUCGGCGAAAGGCACCUUUAUCGAGCGCCUGAGAGAGACAGUAAAGCCUGUCAUCACCAGGAAAGGUGGUGUCAUCACCGACCUCAAGGACGAGGAUUGCGCGCAUGUCAUGUUCCCUCAACCGGAUAUUGUUUCCGUUACAAAGGAAACAACGGAAUGCUGACGAAAAUUUUAACUGAAAACAGGCGAAAGGAAUUUUGAGCACAUACCCCGGUGGAGACAAACAAGUUGGAAUUCACCUAAGAAAUGAAGCUCGUGGAAAGAGGUUUACUUUCGUUAUGUGGAUGCAGCUGUUUGAGUCUUUAUCCGGAAGUUAAAGGCCAAGAAAAUAGUAAUAUGAAGUGUGUUAAACACUCUCCAUGAAGAUGAGUUUGAUUUACUCUCAGGUAAAAUACUUUUGAAACAUCGGAUUCUGUGGUGACUAUUCUGACCAUAUUGUGACAAGUGACGUCACAUCGGGUUUUUUACCCUCAAGAUACACAGUCUACGAGAUUUGUAGCAUUGAAAAAGCAUGUAUACAUAUAUGCACUCAACGAAUUGAACUUUUAAGGAACUAUUUGAAGCAAAAACACUGAUGUGACGUCGUAGAUACCUACUGGGUUUCAACAGACCACCGUAAAAUCGGAUGUUUUAAAAGCAUUUUACUUGGUUAAACAAUUGAUUGUUCACUUUGCCUUAAAUGGACAAUUUUAUAUUUCUCACUGUUUUUUUUUUCCACUCAAAUCAUGUACAUUGUUCUGUUCAAAAAAAUCAUGCUUUCCAUUGAAUAUCUUAGAAACUUUGGUGCAUGGAAAAGCCAGUUUAAUCCGCUAUGCUUUUUUUGUGUAAAGAAACAAAAAUAAAAUACUUCCGACAAUUAACAGAGGAUGUAAAUAUUGCAUUAGCUCUGUUGAUAUGGAUAAGUUAAGUGGUGAAUAAGUACAUGCGUUGCAUCUACUUCAAAGUCACAUAUACAUCUUACUGUCACGUGCCCGGAAGUGGCGGGUCAUUCAUCGGAGGUGGGAUGACUUAGUAAUGACUGGCGAGGUGAUGAGGAAGUGGGAAAAAAAAGCAUUAACGUCUCUCUAAGGUUUUGACAAGUUUUCAUGUACUGCCUUAUGUUUGAGGCGAUCUUGUUUUAUCAGACUGUAGUCAUAUGACUCAACCUACCUCACGUCGUUGUAGACUUUGACAAAAUGUUUAUUUGUAACAUAGAACAAACAGCAUUUACUAAUGAACGAACAGGUGCUAAUGCAUCUUUUAAUAGCUCGCCUGAUUAAUUUUAGCUUUGUUAUGAGAAUCAAUGGGGCUUGGCUUUAGCCAGUCUAAUAUUUGUGGUUGGCUUUACGGGAUGUUCCGACGACUUUGGAUAUGCAGCCGAAAAACCAGGUCAUGAGUUUGAAUCUUCCACGUGACGUUCAUAUAAACUGUCUGCAGUUGUGACCACCGU